AUGUCUACCCCAAAGAAAGCCUCUAAGUCAAAGGAAAUCAACUUCGAUGCGCUUUUACGCGCUGUAAAACAGAUUUUAAUUGAAAAUAAAGGUUAUCGAUCGACUGGAAGAGAUUUCGACCUGGACUUUUGUUUAUUAAAACGCCAUUGCAAAAAGUUGAAAGAUAAAUUCGAAGAUGUGUCAAGCGUUUCAGAUGAUAAAUUGAUGAGCUGUCUUCGUGAAAGCAACAAGCGCCAACCUAAUAUAGUAUUUUCAACAGAAGAGGAAAACGAACUCGCUCAAUAUAUUUUGAAUUGCGCUAAGCAUUAUUAUGGUAUAAGCAUCGUGGACUUGAAGCUUUUAGCAUAUCAAUUAGCCACAAAAUUGUGCAAAUGUCCAGAUCAAUGGCAAAAAAAGAGGAUUGCGGGAAAAAAAUGGUAUUACGGAUUCAUGGCCCGACACCCUCAGUUGACACUUCGAACGCCGCAAAUGACUUCUUUUAACAGAAUAAAAGCAUUUAGCAAGGAAAACGUCGAACAUUUUUUUGGAAAUUUUUUGGAGAUUCUCAACAAAACUUCAUUUAAUGGAAUGUCCAUCUACAACAUGGAUGAGACCGGGUUUUCCACAGUGCCAACGAAGGCUGGAUUAGUAAUUUCACUGAAGGGGGUGCGUAGAGUUGGUCAAGCAGCCGCGGCAGAGCGUGGGAGUAUGAUUACCAUGGCGUUGGCUGUGAACGCAGCUGGGAACUCGAUACCACCAUUUUUUCUGUUCCCACGAAAAAGAAUGCAAGCGACAUUUAUGGAAAAUUCGUCGCCAGGCUCCGUUGGCUUUGCAAACGAAUCUGGAUGGAUGCAGCAAGCUGAAUUC